AUGGACGUCGGCGUGCGAGUAAACAGGAACGACCCCGACCGACACGUGGAGAUUACGUCACUCGACAUCGUGUACGUGGACGUGAUCGAGAUCGAGGUGAAGACGUUCGCGCCCAUCUCGGGAAGGCCGGUCACCUUGUUCCUGGAGCGGCCGCCCACGGCCGCUAAGCUGGCCAUGCUGAGGCCCAUCAUUCAGUCUGGGUUGCAGAGGAUGAUCGACAGCGGAGGCGCGGCGGUGACGGAACAGCGUCCCCUGCGACGGGUGCGUCGCCAGUGGCGCUUCAUCUGCAGGAGCGAUGACAGCUUCACCCAGCUGAUGACGAACGUGAUGGACGUGAACCGCGAACUGCUCCGAGCCACCCAGCCGCUACAUGUGGGCGACAGCGAGCACCUGGGUCUUGUCCGCGACAAGUUUACCAGCGUGUGCAACGAGACCACCAUGAACCUUGUGUUCAGACUGACCCUCGAAAAGCCUUACAUCGUGUUCGACCUGGCGGCACCCUUGGGCAGUAACGUACUUGCAGGUGGUCAGCUGACGGUCAAGACGGACUCACUGGACGUCGACAUCGGUCUCGUAACACCGAAGAUCAAAAAGAGUGACGAGAAGGUCGAGCCGCAGGUUCCCUUCGCCGACGUUCGCAGAGCGCACAACCUUAGGCUCGAAUUCACGGGGAUGUCCCCGGCCACGACGGCAAUGACUUCCCUGUUGGCGCUACUUCAACAGCUGAUACCGUCUGUGCAGACACGGCUCUUUGAGAUCAUAUUGACUCGCGUAUUGAGGAACUACGUCGCAACCACGCCGAUGCCUUUUUAAGCUCCGAGGCCAGGGUCGU